AUGGGGAAUGUUCAGUCGGUCCAACUCCAGCUCCAGCUCCAGCCGCCUCCUGAGGCCCGCGGUAUUCGUCUCUCCCUUGUGACGUUCAUUCACGCAUGGUCACCUGUCCGCGCAGCUGUUCGUAUCAGUCCUCCACUCUUUGCAACAUCCUUGCUGAGAGUGGUGCAACGAUCUUGGCAACUCUACGUAUAUAGCCAUCAUGGUUUGGGACCCCAUGGUGCCCUAUCAAUCGACAGGAACAUCACAGGAACCACAAGAAUUAGCGCAACCAUGUCCUUCACCAGCCAGGGUAUGAUCGACCAGAAGCCGGACAUCGCCCAUAUCGAAGAUGGGCCCCGCGGUCCCGACGGCUUGACCAAAAGCGAGUACACCCAUGCCCAUGAUAUCGCCUUGCUCGAAGCCCCCAAGAGCCCCGGUGCUGUCCUUCGCUCCAACUUGAAGGUUGUCUCCGUUAUCCUCUCCGUCCAGACUCUCGGUGUCAUCUUGGGUCUUGAGUAUGUCCUUCUCGGUGCUCUCGUCGGAGUUCAAGCCUUCUGCAAGACGAUGGGUUCCUACGAUGCGGCCUCUGACAGCUACGCCGUCGACGCCUGGAAGAUGUCGCUUUGGGCCGGUGUUUUCGGUAUUGCCCAGUUCCUCGGCCAGAUCCUCUUUGCCGGCGUUGCAGACAGGUGGGGCCGUCGCCUCGCUCUGUACACCGUCAUCGUCGUUUGCUACAUUGGUGUCAUGCUCGAGGUUGUCUCUCCCAACUUCAAGGUCUACAGUAUCGCAAAGACCGUAAUGGGUAUUUCCACAGGUGGUCUGCAGGUCGCUGUACCCACCUACGUCGCCGAGGUCACGCCACGCGAGAUCCGCGGUAUCAUGUUGGGUCUCUUCGCCUUCAACCUGACCCUUGGAUCUCUGAUUGGAAACCUCGUUUGCUACGGCGCUGCCACUGCCUUUCCCCUCGUCACCGACAACCGUGGAUGGAAGGUCCCUCUCUACGUUGGUCUUGCCGCCCCUACCAUCACCCUCAUCCUCUUCGUCUUCCUUCUUCAGGAAUCGCCCUACUGGCUCGUUAUGAGGGACCGCGUAGACGAGGCACAGCGCAGCUACACCAAGCUCUAUCCCAACCUCAGCACUGAGCAGGUCGAAGAGGACAUCGCCGUCCAGAUCUUCACUGUCGAGAACGAAAGGGAGCACUCCGCCACAACGAACGGUGCGAGCUUCCUCGAGUGUUUCAAGGGCGUCAACCUUCGCCACUUCUUUACCCUGGCGAAAAUCACAAACUCGCUCCGUGCCUCGUCCAUCGUAUCAGCUCUUGGUCUGGUCGGUGCCAUUGGUGCCUUCUUUGUCAUUGAGCGCAGGAUGAUUGGUCGUUGGCUCCUCGUUCUUCUCGCCAUGGCCGCUGUCACUAUCUGCAUGCUUGGUAUCGGCGUUGUCGACUCGGCCACCCAUGGCAACAUUGACUCUGGCGCGGGCUGGGCUCUUGUCAUCUUCGUCGGUCUCUACAACCUCGCCGUGUCUGUCGGUCCCGGUGUCGCAGGCUGGACCUAUGCGGGUGAAGCCGGCUCUGCGCGUCUCCGUGCCAAGACUACCACUUUUGCCACCGGAGCCAACGCUAUUAUCGGCACUUUCUGGAACGUCGUUCUCCCGUAUGAGCUCACCGCCAUCGGUCCCAAGACCGGCUACAUGUUCUUCGGAAUUGGUCUGGCCUGCACGGUCAUCAUCUACUUUUCCAUUCCCGACCUUACUGCCCGCACCUACGCGCAGAUGGACGAGCUCUUUGAGAAGCGCGUCCCUGCCCGCCAGUUCAAGAAUUUCGAGUGCACAGGCGACUACGGAGAGGAGCAGCCCAGUGACUAG